GAAGGAAGAAAAAUAGAAAGGAUAGUAAAUCAAGCAUGGAUGACUUUUGCAUCGCUUGUCUUCACCAUAGAAAGCGCAUGCAAAAUGAUGAUUAGACUCACAGCUCAAUUAUCACGCUUGUUUGCGUACCGGUGCAUUGAAUAACCCAAUUCGUUUCUUCAAUUCGACCGAACGAAUUGGCGCGCACUUAAUCCAAAUCCGACCACAAAAUGGAAUUAAUCAACACUUCUUAUAUAAAUCACUCGGCAGUGUUGUAUUGUUUUCAUUUAAAGGAAAGUGUUUACACUGUGCGGACGUGCAAUUAUGGAGACUGUAUUCAAAGUGUUUGUUUUCGUCGCGGCGGUUUUACGAAUACUAGAUGCUGCACAACCUCGUCCGUCGGGUUUUAUCACUGACUUAUCUAAAGGAGAACCGCUGGGUCAGUACGCGAAACUAUUGCAACCCCCCCUCGCCUUUGCAUACAAUCACGAACCGAAAACAGCGGAAUCAGUUAUCAAGCAGAGGAGAUUGAAACCUGAUCCACCUGCAGAACUUCGAAAAUUGAAUUCGAAACGAAUAUUGAUACCAAAGAAGUAUUUAAAAGAAACGAAUCAAGAAACAAUUCAACCAGAAAAAGAGAAAGAAUUUUUAAUUUACGUACCUGAUGAACCUCUUAAGCAGGAUUCACUUGCAGCUCCUAUUAUUGUCCCGGAAUUAUCUGAAGAACAGGUUGCUGAAACAAAUACCGAAAUUAAAAAUCAGCCUAAAAGUGACCAACAUGUUGAAGAGUCACAUCAUAAAAAACACAAACCGAAACCUGUCAACACAAAGUUUAAGGCUGGGGGUGAGAAAACCGACCACCAUGAGCACCACGAAGAGUCGAAAAAGAAGGGUGAUAAGGGUUACAAAGGAGAACACGUAAAACAUAAAGUGGAAAAGGCACAUCACGUUGAGAAUGAGAAAUCUGGUCAUCAUGAAGAUAAAGGAGGUGAUGAAAAGAAAUUUGAUAAGGGUGAAGAUUACCAAGCCGCAUCACACGAAGAAGAUGGUGGGAAGAAAGGAUCUAAGUAUGAAGAAGAAGGGGAAAAUGACAAAGGACACGCUACGAAAGGAACACAUAACGUGCGUAAAAAAGAUGAGUACGUGAAGAAAAUUGAAUUCUUCGAUGAGUAUCAUGAAGAUUCUGAUGAGGACGAAGAUGGCGGUCAUGAGGACGAAAAAGAUUUCAAAAAGGGGCAUCAUGCACACAAAGAGCAUGACGAUUCAGCAUACAAGCAUGAUGAUUAUGGCGAUUAUAAAAGUCAUGAAGAUUCACACGAGAAGAAAGUCUCAAAAGGUAAACACAUUGCUGAUGGCCAUGGUGCUCAUCACGAUCACGAUAAUAAACAUGGGAAAAAAUCAAAUCAUGAGAGUAAAAAAAUAUGGAAAAUUAUCGUUACCGAUAAAAGUAAAUAAUUAAAGUUCAUAUAUUUAAAUUCUUUAUAUAAAUAAUAGAAAUGUAUUAAAUACCAGCAUUUUGAAUUGUGCAAGAUAA